CCACGUGUCCCACGUAAAAUAUCUCUUUGCUCCUUUUGAGGUGGUUUUAGCAUUAUCUCGAAAUAAGGCGUCGUGGCGGUUAAGUUUUGGAGCACAUUUUUGUUUAGUUUGAGAGAGAGAGAGAGAGAGAGAGUAGAGAGAAGCAGAGAAGAGGUGCACGAGAAUUAUGGCGGAGAUUCAGCGCAGUGACGAAGUUGUGUCGGUGGAGCUCCCAGCUCCUGCUUCCUGGAAGAAAUUGUACCUACCGAAAAGGGGUGGAACUCCCAGGAAAAAUGAGAUUGUAUUUGUUGCACCUACUGGGGAGGAGAUCAGCAGCCGCAAGCAAUUGGAGCAGUACCUAAAAUCCCAUGAGGGGAAUCCUGCAAUAUCAGAAUUCGACUGGGGUACCGGUGAGACGCCAAGAAGAUCUGCUAGGAUCAGUGAGAAGGUGAAGUCAAGUCCUACAUCUUUGGAGAUUGAGCCACAAAUGAAACGUCGCAAAAGAUCAUCGAUAACUAAGAAAGAGAAAGAGGCAGAAGCUGGGAAAGAGGAAGCUGAGGGGACUGAAGUUGAUGGAAAGCCAGAUGCAGCAAAAGAAGCUGAGGGGAUGGAAGUUGAUGGAAAGCAAGAUGCUGUCACUGAAGACAAGGCCGAUGAAGAUAAAGAAACCAAAGUCGGUAGCGAAGACAAACUGCAGGAGGAAACUGUUAAGGUGAGCGAACAGGAUGCCAUAGUUGAUACUGAUGUGCAGAGUGAUGCCAAGGAUGUUAAACCCGAUAUGAAUGGGAAGGAUGAUGUGAAAGAUAAUGGCACUGGAGAUGCUUCACAUGAAGGUGAAAAAGCUGAACAUGAGAAGUUGUCUGAGAAUGUGCAGGAGCCUGUAUCUGAGGCUGCUCCCCAUGCAUCUUCUGAGCUUGCCACCCCAGAUAAGCCCAUUGAAAAUGAACAAGGUGCAACUAAUGGAGCUGCAACGCAGGUGGCCAACAGGGGGCCACACGUAUCUACUCAGGAAGUGAAUGGGAUCCAGGAAGACAGUAUCAAAACGAGCGUGCAGGAACAGGAGCAGGAACAAGGUAAUAAUCUGAAGGCGGAGUCCAUGGAUAACAGCAAGGUGAACCAAUCGCCACAUCAUCCGUCUCCAACUCCCAUUAGUUGUUAAAUGUUGUUAAUGUAGAGCAUCUAAGUGUCGGGUACCUUUUUUCUGAUUUUGAAAAUACACCAAACUUGGAUGACUGUAAUCUUAAUGUAACUAGAUGCUGUUAGAGAUAGGAGUUGGUUAUGCUUGACAUUCGACAUUUGUAGCUUUUGUGUAUUCUGGUGUUGUGGAUAUCAUGUUAUAUUAUGCCAUGCUGCCCCAGCCUGACUUUGCUGCGGCGGCUAUUAUGUUA